UUCCAUUUAGGGGGCUGGCCUUGGCCAAUGCUUCUCAGGAACCUCUAGGGGCUGGUGGGGGGAUGAGUGGCAAGCAGGGGCUUAGCAGAUAAAGCACUUGCCACAUAAGCAGCCCUUCCUCCCCCCCACCCCCUUAUAAAUCCUAGGUGGGUGUGCUGCUGGUCAGUGAGGUCCGGGAUCCCAGAGCUUGAAGGCAGAGACAGGAUCCCUGGAGGCUGGCUCUACACUAAUUGAUGAGCUUAGGGUUCAGCUGAGAGUCCUUUAUGGAGGGAGAUGGAGAGUGAUGUAGGAAAUUCCUGACUUCCACCUUCACGCCCAUGAAUGUACAUACAUGUGCACUCAAAUGCAAAUGGGCACAGUCCAUACACAAAAGCUGGUAUUUGUCCUCCACUUUGUCAAGUGCACACUGUCCAAGGGUUUGGCAGGGAAGCGUGCCCUACGCUGAGUAUUCAAGACGAAAGGAUGGAAGUUCAAAGACAGGAGCCCCUCUGCAGCCCUUGCUGAGCAGAGGUGAAGGUGAGGUUUAGUGUGGGCAGGCCCACGGACUCAGCUGGACGUUGCCUCUUCACAGAACCCAUGCUCCUUUAAAGCCACUGCUUUUGAAACUAAACCACCAGAGGUCUUUUUUUUUUUAAACCUCUUCCCAUCCCUUUUCUACCGUCCCGAUUAAAACCAGGAUGGGAAGCAUUUGCUGACUGGUCCCAAUUAUUGUAUCCUUGCCUAAAACGAAGGGCCUCCCUCCAGAACUCUGGGAGUCUGGCCUCCACCUUUCCCCUGCUUAGCUCUGAGGCCCCCACCCAUUCCCCGGGGGUAGCUGCUGCUGCUGGUAGCUGGAGGCAGCGCAUGGAUCUGGCUGUCCUGCCCAGACUUGCAGAACCAAUCGGGCCAGGGGCCAGAUUCUUCUGUCUCCUUGGGAAGAGCGCAAUGGUGCCAUCCCAUCGCGGGUGACAAAGAACCACCAAAGGAAAGAAUGACAGACGCGCCCUUCCUCCUGGAGCUGGGCUCCAUAAAGCAGCCGAUGGCUUAGAUGGUCCUGAAAACUCACAGGGGUUGAGGGGAGGCACCUCUUGAGACCAGAGUGGCCGCCAGCACUCGAAUUCCACAGCGAGCGCGCCUAGGGCGGAGCCUGUGCUCUGGGAAGGACCAGGCCGACCCCCACUCCCACUCCUGGCUCCCGCGCCAUACCACCGAACAGGGUGGGGAGGGCGGGGGCUGGCGCACGCGCGCCACGUUCCGGGAAGAAGGGUUUAGGAGCCGGCCCAAGGCGGGCUCAGUGUUUCAGGAGGGACCACCUGGAGUGCCUGCGAGCUGCCGACAGCGACCGGAGGGAGAGGGCACCAUGGCGGCCCUCCUGCUGCUGCUGCUGCCCCUACUCUUGCUGCUGCCUCUGCUGCGGAAGCCGAGCCUCUGGCCUCAGCUCCGCUGGCUGCCAGCGGAUCUGGCCUUCACAGUUCGCGCGCUCCGCUGCAAAAGGGCCCUCCGCGGCCGCGCACUCGCCGCAGAGGCCGCUGACCCGGAGAGCCCCGACGGCGGGUGCAGCCUCGCCUGGCGCCUUACACACCUGGCCCGGGAGAGGCCGGCACACACCUUCCUCGUCUACCGCGCUCAGCGCUUCAGCUACGAGCAGGCGGAGCGCGAGAGCAACAGGGUUGCUCGCGCCUUCCUGCGCGCGCGGGGCUGGGCCGGGGGCCGGCGAGGCUCAGGCAGGGGCAGCGCCGAGGAAGGGGCGCCUGCGGCCGGCGGGGCGGCCUCGCCCCCUCUGGCACCGCGGGCGACGGUGGCGCUGCUCCUCCCGGCGGGCCCUGAAUUCCUAUGGCUUUGGUUCGGACUGGCCAAAGCCGGUCUGCUCCCGGCCUUCGUGCCCACCGCCCUGCGCCGAGGGCCCCUGCUGCACUGCCUCCGCAGCUGCGGCGCCAGCGCGCUGGUGCUGGCCACAGAGUUCCUGGAGUCCCUGGAGCCCGACCUGCCAGCCUUGAGAGCCAUGGGGCUCCACCUGUGGGCCGUGGGCCCUGAAACUCAUCUUGCUGGAAUCCGCAAUUUGCAGUCUGAGGCAGCAGCCCAAGUGGACGAGCCGGUGCCGGGGUACCUCUCUGCUCCCGAGAGCAUAAUGGACACCUGCUUGUACAUCUUCACCUCUGGGACUACUGGCCUGCCCAAGGCUGCUCGCGUCAGUCAUCUGAAGGUCCUGCAGUGCCAGGGGUUCUACCAGCUGUGCGGAGUCCACCAGGACGACGUCAUCUACCUUGCACUGCCACUGUACCACAUGUCUGGCUCCCUGCUGGGCAUUGUGGGCUGCUUGGGCAUUGGGGCCACGGUGGUGCUGAAGCCCAAGUUCUCAGCCAGCCAGUUCUGGGAGGACUGCCAGAAGCACAGGGUGACCGUGUUCCAGUACAUCGGGGAGCUGUGCCGGUACCUCGUCAACCAGCCGCCGAGCAAGGCAGAACACGGCCAUCAGGUCCGGCUGGCCGUGGGCAGCGGGCUGCGCCCCGACACCUGGGAGCGCUUCGUGCGGCGCUUCGGGCCUCUGCAGAUCCUGGAGACGUACGGAAUGACGGAGGGCAACGUGGCCACUUUCAACUACACGGGUCAGCAGGGUGCGGUGGGGCGUGCUUCCUGGCUUUACAAGCACAUCUUCCCCUUCUCCUUGAUUCGGUAUGAUGUCAUGACGGGGGAGCCUGUUCGGAAUGCCCGGGGGCAUUGUGUGGCCACAUCUCCAGGUGAGCCCGGGCUCCUGGUGGCGCCCGUGAGCCAGCAGUCCCCUUUCCUGGGCUAUGCUGGGGCUCCAGAGUUGUCCCAGAGGAAGCUGCUGAAGGACGUCUUCCGGCCCGGGGACCUUUUCUUCAAUACUGGGGACCUCUUGGUCUGUGACACGCAAGGCUUUCUUCACUUCCAUGAUCGCACCGGAGACACCUUCAGGUGGAAGGGGGAGAACGUGGCCACGACUGAGGUGGCCGAGGUCCUAGAGGCCCUGGACUUCCUUCAGGAGGUGAACGUCUAUGGAAUCACGGUGCCAGGGCACGAAGGCAGGGCUGGCAUGGCGGCCUUGGCUCUGCGGCCUCCUCAGGCUCUGGAUCUAGCGCAGCUCUAUGCCCACGUCUCUGAGAACUUGCCACCUUACGCCCGACCCCGGUUCCUCAGGCUCCAGGAGUCUCUGGCCACCACGGAGACCUUCAAACAGCAGAAGGCUAGGAUGGCAAAUGAGGGCUUUGACCCCAGCCAACUGUCUGACCCCCUCUAUGUUCUGGACCAGGAUUCGGGUGCCUACCUGCCCCUCACACCUGCCCGGUACAAUGCCCUCCUGGCUGGUGACCUUCGAAUCUGAGACCUUCCUCUUGAGGGAGGGGCUCGGGGGUACCGGCCACCAUGAGGGUACUAGGGAUUUUCGGGUACCUUUUGUAUACGGAGUCAUUACUGUUAUUUUGUAAUAAAAAGUUGGAGCCUAA